GAAGACCCUUGUUUGUUUCCGGUACAUAUCUGAUAGCUACAGCGAGAGUCCGCUUUAACUUUAAGAUGUUAUGGUUACAUUUGUUUACUCGACCUUGAACUGAAGUCAGACACAUUUAGUGGACGCAUGCGCAUUUUGUCGUAAGGCUACUUUUCGUCCAUGGAGUACGGAAAGGAGAGGGUGGUGGCUUUGGUGGACAUGGACUGCUUCUACGUCCAGGUGGAGCAGAGACUGAAUCCAGCUCUGCGGAAUACCUCCUGUGUGGUGGCGCAGUAUAAAACCUGGAAGGGUGGCGGUAUUAUAGCUGUCAGCUAUGAGGCCAGGGCCCACGGUGUAACCAGGAAUAUGUGGGUGGCCGAUGCCAAAAAACUCUGCCCGGAUCUGCAAGUGGCACGAGUACGUGAGUCUCACGGGAAAGCCGACCUAACUCACUACAGGGAUGCCAGCGUGGAGGUGAUCGAGGUGAUGUCCCGCUUUGCUGUGAUUGAGCGAGCCAGCAUCGAUGAGGCCUACAUGGAUUUGACGUCUGCUGUCCAGCAGCGGCUGAAGAACAUGAGUGAGGAACAAAUCAACCCAGGCCUCCUUAAGACCACUUACAUUCAGGGGUAUCCUCAGACUGAACUGGACCCAUCAUCCUCAGAAAAUUCUGUUUUAGAUAAAGAGGAGCUCAGAUCCAAAGGUCUUCAGCAGUGGUUGGAAUCAUUACCUACGCCUUCAUCAGCGGAGCAGAAUUGUGCAGAACUGCAGCUAACCAUGGGAGCGCUCAUAGUUGAGGAGAUGAGGGCUGCAGUGGAGAAACAAACAGGUUUCCGUUGUUCUGCAGGAAUAUCACACAACAAGGUCCUGGCUAAGCUGGCGUGUGGUCUGAACAAACCUAACAGACAAACUGUUUUGCCUUUGGAAUCUGUGACUGAACUUUUCAGCUCUUUACCCAUCGGCAAGAUUCGGAACCUGGGGGGUAAGAUGGGCGCCUCAAUAAUGGAAACUUUAAAAGUAGAGAACAUGGGAGAUCUCACUCGCUUCUCUCAGCCCGAAUUGGUGCAGCACUUUGGAGAAAAAACAGGCCAGUGGCUCUAUGACCUGUGUCGAGGGAUCGAGUCUGAAGCCGUCAAACCCAGGCAGCUUCCCAAGUCUAUUGGUUGCAGUAAAAACUUCCCUGGAAAGACGUCUCUAGCCACUAAAGAACAGGUACAGUAUUGGCUUCAUCAGCUGGCUUUGGAACUGGAAGAGAGGCUGAACAAAGACAGAGAAAUGAACGGUCGAGUGGCUAAGCUGUUGACGGUUGGUGUGCGCCAGCUCGGCGAUAAGAGGCCGAGCAGCUUCUCUCGAUGCUGCGCUUUAGUGCGCUACGAGGCCGCCAAACUAUCAAGUGACAGCUUUGCCAUCAUCAAGAGCCUCAACACAGCAGGAAACCACCAGGCUGCAUGGACUCCGCCUCUCACCAUGCUGCACCUCUCUGCUAGCAAGUUCAGCGACGCGCCGUCCUCCGGGGGGAUCGCCGGCUUUCUCUCAGCCGACGUCGCUUCAAGUCAGAGUGUCUCCGCCACUUCUCAAGUCUCAACUCAGCCGGGCUCUGAGCUGAGACACGACCCUAAGUGUAAACAACGCGGUAGCAUUCAGGCCUUCUUUCAAAAGGCAGCAGUGAAACAGAAAGAGGUUAGAACAGUAGAGGAGGAGGAUGACGGGGUAGACUUUGAAGAAGUUCCUCCACUUUUUGUUAAUAGUACAACGUGUGCUGAUGAUAGUCUGAUGCAGACGGCAGCCUGCUCCUCUGAGAGUUCACCUCAGUCUGAACUCAGCUCGGGCAUCUGUUCUUUUUUUCAUAAAAAGACUCUGGACAAAAGCAAACACGAAUCCCAAAACGGUUCCAGAUUCUCUGAAAAAAAUCAAAGUAAAGAAGCUGAGAGUGUUGCACCAGAACCAGAGUCAAAGCAUGGCUCAGAUACUGACCCAGAUUCCAAUUGGAACCCUGCAAGUGUAGCUGCAGAGGAUUUAAUAACGUGCGAUCGUUGUGGACAGGAAGUCCUGGUCUGGGAAAUGCCCGAACACAACGACUACCACUUUGCUCUGGACCUUCAGAAUUCCAUCUCUUCAUUCGCCCCAAGUUCAUCAUCAUCAUCAUCCUCCUCUCCAGCCCCACUCAGAGGCUCAGUCCAGAACUCCCGGGGCAAAACAAAAACCAGAGGUCAGUUUGGGCCUGCAGCAAAAAGACAGCGCUCCCAGGGAGGAAGUAAGGGUACGCUGGAUUCAUUUUUCACCAAGAACUGAGGUUUUAAUCAAUUCUAUUAAUUCCAGAUUAAAAAACUUAAUAUAAAGAGAAAAUGUGAGAUAUUCUAUAAAUGUCACGUGGGAAGAAUUUUUAAAUCUGAUAUUUGGUUUCACAUGAAGUACAUAUUUUGUUUACCUCAUUUUUUUUGUUAAUUAAAUAGCAAACUGUUUUAAUUGUUGACAAUUUUGCAAUGGGGCAAAUUUGAUAAACACUUUUUACUGUUUAGGAUUUCUUUUUGUUCAUCAUGUUGCAGUACACUGACAUAGCAGCAGAUGGCAGUAGUUCUUCCAAAUAAAUGCAAGUCUAUGUUUUAAUCUA